GGAUUGAUAUAAGCAAUGUGCUAUAUUAUAUCUUGGUACUUUUUUUUGGCUGUCUUCAGGUUUGGCAUAUUCAAUCCUUCAACUGUUUAUGAUCAUUUGGGAGAAAUAUAUUCUGCCCUUAUUUUCGGAAGCUUGGUUUUUUGCAUUUUAUUAUACAUAAAAGGCCAUGUGGCACCGUCUUCCACUGAUUCUGGCUCGUCUGGGAACAUCAUAAUUGAUUUCUAUUGGGGUAUGGAACUCUAUCCUCGCAUUGGUAAAAACUUCGACAUUAAAGUUUUUACAAAUUGCAGAUUUGGAAUGAUGUCUUGGGCAGUUCUAGCUGUAACCUAUUGCAUAAAGCAGUAUGAAGUGAACGGCAAAGUGGCUGAUUCAAUGCUUGUUAAUACCAUAUUGAUGCUGGUGUAUGUUACUAAGUUUUUUUGGUGGGAAGCUGGAUACUGGAGCACAAUGGAUAUUGCACAUGAUCGAGCUGGUUUUUAUAUUUGCUGGGGAUGCCUUGUAUGGGUGCCUUCUAUAUAUACUUCUCCUGGCAUGUACCUGGUCAAUCAUCCCGUACACCUUGGAACUCAGUUGGCACUCUACAUCCUAGUAGCAGGCAUUCUUUGCAUAUACAUCAACUACGACUGUGAUAGGCAAAGGCAAGAGUUUCGCAGAACAAAUGGCAAAUCUUUGGUUUGGGGUAAAGCUCCAUCAAAGAUAACUGCCACUUACACUACCACAACUGGGGAAACAAAAAGCAGCAUUCUUUUAACUUCGGGAUGGUAUGGAAAAUACUGGAAAUCGUACUGCGAGAAGGUUCGGUACAGGGUCAUCCCCGGAAUUUACUGAGAAAAUGUUGCACAAGUGUUUGUUCUAUGUUGAGAAUGGCAUGUAUAUUCAGCCUUUCCAAAUUAAAUGAUGGCAGGCUCGUAUCAUGUUGUUGUUAUUGUUGUUUUUGUAAUGGUCAACUUUAUGGAUGUUGUAUUUCUCUCAUCUUCAAUGACCAAAAACUUUUCUUGUUUAGGAAAAUUACUAUAAAGUUUUGUUUCUAUUUUUCAUUUUUGAAGUAAAAAUUGUUCAAGAUUAUAAAACUUUAUUAUGUUAUGCUUUCAAACUUAAGUUAGAACUAA